AUGGUAAUUAGUGGUUUAUUAUAUCCCCAGCGUACUUUAGUCUUGCUAGGCCUUUCUGGUGGUUCAGACGCCGAUAUUCUCAAGUCUGGAAACGUGAUAUUAGAUGGUGAUUAUUUGACAUCUGAAAAUUCAAUAAUUGAUGGAGAAAUCAUUGUAACCCGCUUAGAUUCAGUUGAUUUAGCUAGUAAAUUAGCUGCCCGGGCCAACAAUACUGUUUAUAACAACCAACGGAUUAUUUCUUUGACAUUGGACCGAUUUAGUGCCUUGGAACGUAUUGGCGAGCGUGGCAAAGAAGCCUUAUCUGGAAACAAACCGGCCGUGCGACGUAUAGCUCAGAAGGAAGAGAUACUAAAUUGGAAGCAUUCAGUGGAAGGCGAACAGUUUUUGAUUUAUAGUGAUGGUAUUUUGUCCAACUACCAAUUAUCAAAAUUAUUUCCAUGUAAGGUAACUAAAACAAAAACAUUACCUGGUAGUAAGAUAAGUGUAUCUGGAGAUUUGGUAGUAGUUCAUCGCCAGAGUAAUUUAUUUGUUUAUGGUGGCGGUUUAGAUCUGAUCGAUGGGUUUGUGGAAGACUCAUUACGUGACUAUUUCAUUAGAAAUGAGUACAUCUGUAUUGCUACUAAGGCCCAACAAGGCCGAGUGCAUUGGGGGAUUUACAAUAUCUUUAGUAAAGAGAUGGUUAAGAGUUUAGAGAUUGAGGAAGGGGAUAAACUCUAUUUAUCACAAGGGGCAACGCACUAUGCCGUGGCUACGGAAGGGUCUAUUAUAGUGAAGAGUAUGGUGACAGAUGAAAGAGUUUAUGAAGAGUGCUGUGCACAAGUGGAUGCGGAUGAGAAGGUAGAAGGUUUCUUUUCAGAAGAGAAUAAUGUUGUGCUUUUUGUGAAGACUUCUAUGAUAGCGGCUAAGUUUAUUCUUUAUAAUUUAGAUACGGGUGAAAUGAUCAAAUCAAAAGUUUUGCCUAAUAUUAGCAAGUAUUCAGUUGUUUUCCGAGUGGAUGAAGUUUGUAUUCAGCUGGAAAGACUUACUGGGAAGAAGACCAGCCAUUAUGCCGAGUUAUGGGACUUAACUGGCCAAAAGAUCAGCACGGGUUUCUUGGGUGAAGACUUACAAAGUAUUCAUGUAACAGCUACAACUGUAGUGGCACUAGCUAGUAAUAGUGCUAAGAUAUUUAGAAGAUUGCCUGGACGGUUACUGGAGGUCCAAACUCUGAAAGGAGGGUUUGACCAGGUGGCGACCAGUAGUGACACAACUAUUUUAAGUGAUAAUGAGCGGUUAUCUUUUAUUGGUAAGACAGGUGAAGUAAUAGCUCAGAUAGCAGCUACAAGUAUGUCGCGAAUUGAAUGCUCGCCCUUUGGUUUAUACUUGGCCUUACUUGAUCCGGGACAGGUACGUAUCCUGGAUAUGUGCGGUCGGGAAAUGUUAGUGACUAAUAUUGAUCCAAUGGGUGGAUUCUUCUGGCGCAAAGUCUUCCCAGCGAUGUCUCGUGAUGCUUUAAGUCCCGAGGAUAUUGCCCGGUUUAAGGAAGAGGAUAGUUUACGGCGCAAAGAUGCCAAACUGCAGAUUAUUGAAGAAAAUCGCGAUCUUAUCAAAGAAUGGCGCGGCUUUUUACAAAGUAUGCAGGCUCUAUAUACAGCCCAUGCAACUCCAUGCUAA